AAAUAUCGCCAUUUUGUUGAUACUAGAAAGUUGAUUAUCUUCCUAAUUUGCAUAUAAUCUAGAUCUCUAGUCCUAGAUAUACUAGAUUGUAACUAGAUGUACUCUAGAUUGUCUAGAUCUAUAUCUAGAUUCUGUAUGAUAUUUUAGUCUUUGAAUAUCAAUAUGGCAAGAUCAAAUAUCCGUUACGAAGUGCUACCAUCUGAAGAGCAAAAUGUUCCUGCAGAACCUGUGUCUAUGGCAAUGGUUAUUGCACCUCCGGGGUAUGCAGAAAGUGCAGUUUUAGAACACCAAGGAGACAUACCAGCAUAUGGACCAGCCAAAUUACCAAACUAUGAGGAUGCCACAACAUUACCUUCUUAUGAAGAAGCUGAAAGAUCAAAGCUUGAACAAGAUAUAUCAAAUGGGGCUUCAGCAUUGACUGAUUGUGAAGGAGGAAGGUUGACUGGAGCUGAUAACAUCUCAGAGAUAGCAAUUGGUUCUGAUGGAAUGUUUAUUUGCACAUUUUUAAUUUCCUUUCUUUUUAACUGGCUUGGUUUUCUACUAUCCUUAUGCCUGUCCAAUACUGUAGCUGGAAGGUGUGGAGCUCUUUCAGGAUUAGGCCUGAGCAUUGUGAAAUGGGUUGUGAUUGUUAAACACAAUAACUGGGGAAACAAUGUUGCUGAUGCUGACUCCUGGCUUUGGUGGCUAUUAGUUCUUUGUGGUUUCCUUCUGUUUGUGAGAGGUUCAGUGCAGUAUGUUCGUGUUAAAUAUGAAUGGGCUCGACUAAGUGGCCAUUUACGCCACUUUCGACUCCUCUAGGUGCACAGACUGGAGAGUUAAGAACUUUUUUAUAUUUCUUUUUGUGGCUGUGGUUUUCUGUACAUUUCAUAAUCUAUAAAGGUUUUAAAAAUGAUUAGUCUCAGUAGAAACUAAUCCUUUCUGUCAGAAAUAUGCAUAAAAUAAGUUUGUAACAAUAGUAAUCAAUCACCUUUUGAAAUCCUCUGAAUCAUUUAUUUACAAAAUUAAAAUAAAAUUAAUUUAUGUUAUGCGCAUGAAAUCCUUUUUUUAGUCAGUCUCAUAUGUAUAUUCUGAGAAAAAUGUUAAAAUAUGACAUUUUUUUAUAGAGAUUUUCAACAUUUAUUUAAAAGUUUAAGUGAAGCAUAUGUAUAAAAUGUUUGCUUGUUUUACAUGUUAUGGAUUUCCUUCAGAGUUGAAGAUAAUCUACUUCCAAAUCUGCUACAGGGUGACGAGGGAUGGCAUCAGGCAGAGUAUGAACCAUAGACCAUUGAGACAACAGAAUAACAGUCCGGCGCGCUUACCACUUGAACAGGCAGCCACGCUAUAUACACUUUUGCUACAUAAAAUAGAUUUAUAUAUAUGUGUGUGUGUGUCGUAGCAUCAACUGUAAAUGCUUAAUACAGUUGCUCCAGAUAAUUUCAUUAAAGUAAGAUAAAAAUGAAACUUUUGCACUACAAGGUAGAAAUAUAAAGAAAGAGCUCUUAGCAAAGAGAACUAGAUUUGGACAAGAAAAGAAAAAUUUUUUAGGCUUGGAUUUAGUAUUACAGUUAGGGAUUAGGGUUUCCAACCAACAGGGCUGGCCCUAACAAUUGCGGGGCCCUAUGCGAAACAAAUUGCACUGGAAAUAAUGCUUGGCACCCCAGACCCCACUGGUGGAGAUCAUAACGCUCCCCCAGACCCUCUACCUGCAAGGCCUAGGUGUCUACUGUCUUUUCACAAACUCCAUGAAGUCCUUAUUCUAGGGUACCAGUACAAAAAACAUUCAAAAGAAUGAAGGGUCUGUAAUAAUGAAGUUUAAUUACAUACACACACACAUAAAUAUUUUUAAAAACCUGACCAUGCCCAUGUUAAGGUUUAUACAGGUCUGUGUAUUAGCUUAAUAAAUAUUACUAAUAAAUAUUUUUUGGUCUGUGUUUGUUACUAUGAGGUUAAAGUAACUGAAUCAUGCAUUAGGAGAUGACAGCAUAUAUAUAUAUAUAUAUAUAUAUAUAUAUGCCUAUAUUUUUUUACUUGUUUGUCUCUUUCAUGAAUAAUCUGUUAUGUCAGUGGACCUUACUGAAAUUUGAAAAAAAAAAUUUUUUUAGAGGAAUCAUUAUUAUAAGUGUUUUUUUUUUUGUUUUUUUUUUUUGUAGUGUAAAUACAUAUGGGUGUUUAUUUUACUUAAUUAUUUGUGUGUUAUUUCCUGUUCCUUUUUUUUUUUUUUUUUUUUUUUUUACUUUACCCAUAUAUGGCACGUUAUACUUGUAUUUUAAUAUAAAUUUUUUUUUUUUUACAUUGUACAACAUUGAAAUAAAAAUAAUUUUUCUUCACACAGAAUAGCAAUCAUUAAAGAUACUCUUUUUGAAAACACAUUUUUGCUUUUUGUCACAAGUUUAUAAUUAAUCCCAUUCCAAUGUUACAAUAUAUUGCUGCAUUUGUUUUUAAUUUUGUUUCAUAAAUAUUAUGUUACUAUCCCACAUUUUUCCCCCUUAAAAAUUGAACUGAAAGUGAUUUUUUUUUUACAAUUUAUUUCCAAAAGUAGGAAUUAGAUCAAGAUUGCAAUAGUAGCUACUUAUAUAAUUCUGAGAUAUUGGCUACUGCACCAACUAUUUUUGUUACUCAAAAUUCAAUGCUGCAAGUUAAAAAUAUAAUAUUAAGUAGCACACAAUUCAAUGCACUUGAAAAUCUGACAUGAUCAAUAACUUUUUUUAGACAUUUUACCAUAAUUCUCGACUUCUUAUAGUAAUUGCUUGUAAUAAAUCUUUUUUUUUUAAGUUUUAUUUAUAGUACUAGCAUCGACCUUAAAUCACUUUUUGCUUAAUUCUUAUGAACUUUUUCCAGACAUAAGUGUAAUUUGUUACAUAUAAUAAUAAUAAUUGAAGUAAAUUUUUUUUUUUACUUUCUGCUAACUAAUCCAGCACAAAGAAAGUCCUUUUUAAUAACAUAAAUAAACAGUGCAACAAGUGUCACUGACUUCUUUUUAUACAUGCCCAUUGCUUGUUGUUUGUUCUGUUAUUUCUACUGCAAUCAAUAUUUUUAAAUAGCUAGCAAAUAAAAGUAAACUUCAAUGCUUUUUUUCUUUCUAAAUUUAUUAACUAAAUGUGUCAUUUUAACUAUGCUGGAAAUCAUUAAAAUACAAAUAUGGUAUUUUAUUUUCA